AUGCUCUCACAGCAAAAGUCUGCCGCACCGCUACUCUCGUGCUUACUUCUUAUUCGCCGCCUCGCUCCUGGCCACCUGCAUCCUCAGAUCGCCGCACGGGCCGCACACAAAGCGGUGAAUGAUGAGCAGCACCACCUCGCCCAUGCCCGUGGGGCAGGGCCCGCGCUGGCAGUACCGCGUCGCCAUAUACUGCCCGAUGCAGCGGCACUCGUAGAUGAAGCGGAUCCAGGAGCACAUUUUGGGUUUUUGUGGUGUGUUUAUGGUGGUUGUGGUGAUUAUGGAUUGGUGUGGUGUGGAGUGGUUGUAGGCUAG